AUGGCGGAGAGUAAUGGUCGGAGGAUCGGAGUGGCGGUGGAUUUCUCGGAGUGCAGCAAGAAGGCACUGAACUGGGCGAUCGAGAACGUGGUUCGCGACGGAGAUUAUCUAAUCCUCAUCACCGUCGCUCACGAUAUGCAUUACGAGGAUGGCGAGAUGCAGCUCUGGGAGACCGUUGGAUCUCCUCUGAUUCCGUUGAGUGAGUUCUCGGAAGCUGCUGUGAUGAAGAAGUAUGGAGUGAAGCCUGAUGCUGAAACCCUUGACAUUGCCAACACUGCCGCUAGGCAGAAAUCUAUUACAGUAGUGAUGAAGAUAUACUGGGGAGAUCCUCGUGAGAAGAUAUGUGAAGCUGCUGAACAUAUCCCUCUCUCAAGCCUUGUCAUCGGUAACCGUGGCCUUGGUGGCCUUAAGAGGAUGAUAAUGGGAAGUGUAAGCAACCAUGUUGUGAACAACGUGGCAUGCCCUGUCACCGUCGUGAAGGCUCACCACUGA